AUGGCUUCACAUCAAGACUGGACGCCCGUUGUAUGGGCAAAGAAGGAGUCUUACAAAGGUGCCCACAAGGAAGCCGCGUUGAACAAGGCAAGGCGGGCGGGGGAGGACAUAGCUACCGAAAAGAAAUUCUUGGGUGGACAAAAUAGGUCGAGCAAAGCCUACAUACCAACGAACGCCGCAAAAAUUGACAAUGAAACUGAGAACUUCAGGAUUGAACGUAUUGAGUUCCAUUUUAGGCAAGCAUUACAAAAGGCAAGGCUGGCGAAGGGUCUCACCCAGCAAUCCCUUGCACGCCUCAUAAACGAACCUGAAGCGACCGUAAAAGAGUAUGAAAACGGCUCUGCCAUUCCUAACGGCUUCAUUCUACAGAAACUCUCAAAGGCUCUUGGGACGCAGCUUCCGUCAGCAAAGGCGCCAAAAUCUAAGAAAGUUGUUGAAUAG